GUUCCCCACCACUUCCUACCAUUGUUGGAGAGGUUUUCCUCUCCAAGAAGAGCUUUUAGAAACAGGGGAACGAGAAGCAAUUCUACAGAGAACCCAUGGGGAGGUUCUCAAGGCUUCCGCUUUUCCUUCUUCCUGUUUUUCUUUUCUCUAUGUUGCAGAGACCCACAUUCGCUAUCAAAAAGUCUUAUGUGGUAUACUUGGGUUCACAUUCACAUGGUCCACAACCCUCACAAGCUGAUUUUGAUCUAGCUGCUGAAUCUCAUUACGAGUUUCUGGCUGGUUACGUUGGAGGCACCAAGCAGGCCAAAGAAUCGAUUUUAUACUGCUACACAAAGCAUAUCAAUGGUUUUUCAGCGACCCUUGAAGAAGAGAAAGCAGCUGAGAUCGCAAAGCAUCCCAAGGUCAUAUCAAUUUUCCCAAACAAAGGAGUGAAGUUACAUACAACCCGGUCAUGGGAUUUUCUUGGACUGAGGAAAAUUAAUGGUGCAGCUCAACCUGGGUCGCUUUGGGAGAAGGCCAAAUUUGGGGAAGAUAUAAUUAUUGGGAACCUUGAUGGUGGUGUUUGGCCAGAAUCAAAGAGUUUUAGCGACAAAGGCUAUGGACCCAUUCCAUCAAGAUGGAAAGGUGGUUGUACAGACAAAAGUCUUGAUGGAGUUCGCUGCAACAGGAAGCUGAUUGGCGCCAAGGCCUUCAACUUAGGGUACCUAGCGGUUGCAGGCCCUAGCCUAACUUUCAACACCACACGCGAUGAUGAAGGUCAUGGGUCCCACACAUUAUCGACUGCGGGUGGAAACUUCGUCCAGAAUGCCACUGUCUAUGGAUACGGCAAGGGCACGGCCAAGGGAGGAGCGCCAAGGGCGCGUGUAGCCUCCUACAGGGUGUGCGGAAAGCAAAUUGGAAAUAACCAAUGCUUUGACUCAGACAUCCUCGCCGGUUAUGAUGCUGCCAUUCAUGAUGGUGUUGACGUUCUUUCCGUAUCCCUGGGAGACAAACCCACCAACUACUUCAAUGAUAGCAUGGCUAUCGGUUCGUUCCAUGCCGUUAAGAACGGUAUCCUUGUGGUAGCCUCGGCUGGAAAUGAUGGUCCAAAUUCUGGCACUGUCAGCAACGUGGCCCCCUGGAUGUUCACGGUGGCCGCUAGCACCAUGGACCGCCAUUUUUUGACUAACGUGAAGCUUAGCAACAACCAACAAUUGAAAGGGUUGAUGGUGGUCUCCAUGGUUCCCAUGCCCUCGGCCGACAAGAUGUUUCCUCUGGUGAGAGGUAUCGCCGCAAGAACGAAGAAUGCUACAGACAAAGACAGCCAGUAUUGCAAUCCUGGGUCGCUAGACCCGAAACUGGUGAAGGGGAAGAUAUUGGUGUGCGAGAUGGGUGUUUCAUUCUCGAGUUCGAUUGCACAGAAGGCAGGAGCUGUGGGAGUAAUAGUGGUUAACGUGAAUGGUGUGGACCCCAUGCCUAGUAUGCUCCCAACUUCACAAUUGUCACCCAAAGAAAGUCAUAUGUUGUACAAAUACAUAAACUCGACGAAAGCACCCAAGGCUAACAUCUUACCAUGGACAGAGUUGGGUGUGAAGCCAGCACCUUAUAUGGCCAGAUUCUCCUCUGUGGGACCUAAUACUGUGACUUCCGGGAUUCUCAAGCCUGACAUCACUGCACCAGGGGCAAACGUCAUUGCCAGUGUUGUUGGAACAAAGACGAACCCACAGGGUGUCUUUAAAGCUAUGUCAGGGACAUCCAUGUCCUGCCCUCACGUCUCUGGUGUUAGUGCCCUCCUCAAGAAACUCUACCCCCAUUGGAGCCCUGCCGCCAUUAGAUCUGCCAUCAUGACCACUGCAAGUACGAGGGAUAAUACAAGGAAGCCGAUGCUGAAUUCGAUAUACACGAGAGGGAGAGCAAACCCAUUCAACUAUGGAGCUGGACAAGUUCGACCCAACAGUGCCAUGGAUCCUGGUUUGGUCUAUGACCUAACUACCAUUGACUACAAGAACUUCCUAUGUGCCAUUGGCUACAACCAAAUUUUAAUAAGCCUCUUUUCCGAAUCGAAGCUGCCUUACACUUGUCCCAAUCCCGCCAUCAGUCUCUUGGACUUCAACUAUCCUUCCAUCACGGUACCCAAUCUCUCCGGCUCCGCCACUGUGACGAGGAAACUGAAGAAUGUUGGGUCUCCAGGUACAUACAAGGCCCAGAUUCGACCUCCCUUAGGCAUUUCUAUUACGGUGGAACCAACAAUCCUGACAUUCAAUUCGGUUGGACAAGAAAAGACGUUCAAACUAACCAUGAAGACUAAGCAACCUGGUUUUGCUAAAGACUACGUCUUUGGCGAGCUUAAAUGGUCUGAUGGGAUUCACAAGGUCAAGAGUCCGAUUGUGGUUAAGGCAGCUGCAACAUAGAGUUUCCUAUUUUCUUUUCUUUGCUUGGAUGGGUUGGGAUGGGAUGGGAUGGGAUGAGAUGGGAUGCGAUGAGGCGAGAUGACCUAUUCGUCCAGUAGCAAUAUAUUAGUCUCAAAGAGAGAAAGACAGUGGUUAUCAACUCCAAUUAAUCUCUCCAGUCUCAUUGUGAUAUUUAGUUCAUCAUUUGAUUGAAUAGAUUCCAUCUUAUCUUGGAUCUUUUA